UCGCCAUGUCGGCCUUCACCGGCGUGUCCAUCGCCGACGGCAACAGGCGGUGCUUCUGCGCGACGACGGCCGUCGACGCCCGCGGGGACAGCGGCUACCACCUGCUCAUGGUCAGCGGCUACUCGCGUACCAAGGAGCUCUUGUCCACCGGCGACGCCAUCACCGCCGGCCCUUUCAAUGUAGGAGGCCACGAUUGGAUGAUCGAGUACUACCCCAACGGCGAGAACCCCACCUGCGCCGGAUUCAUCUCGCUCUUUCUAACAUUUCACUACGAUGCCGACGAUGAGGAUCUUGAGCCCGUGGAGGCCAGGUUCAGUUUCAGCCUCGUCGACCAGGUUGAGAAGCAGAUGCCCAUGUACAUUCGUGCAACCGGCGAGACUCGCGCCUUCUCCACCGCUACUCCCAUCUGGGGCAACCACAGGUUUAUCACAAGAGACGCCCUUGAACAGUCGCCGGAUCUCAACCUCAAGUGCGAUUGCCUCAUCAUCCGGUGCGACGUCGUGGUCCUCCGCUGCGGCAGCGCCACCGCCACCGCCAAGGAUGAUGAUGAUCAUGAUGACGCUUGUGGUGGCACCCUGCCGGACAUACACCAGCAUCUCCACAGCCUCCUUGGAAAUAAGGUCGGUGCCGAUGUGGCAUUCCAGGUCGGCGGCGAGACCUUCCCCGCACACCGGUGCGUGCUCGCUGCCCGAUCCACCGUGUUCAUGGCACAACUCUUUGGCCCCAUGAAGGAGGCGUCCAGCCGUGUCAUACACAUCAAAGACAUGGAACCAAAGGUGUUCAAGGCUCUGCUUAGCUUCGUCUACACAGACUCGUUCCCUGACAUGUACGACGACAACAUUAAGUUGAGUGAGAUGUGCAAAGAAGAUAUGGGACAAGGACAAGAAGAUGAAAUGUCGGAAGAAUUGCAAGGACAAGACGGGGAUGAUGAAAUGGGGCUGCUGCAAGCCUUGUUUGUGGCGGCAGACCGGUACGACCUCCAGCGGCUCAAGUUCAUCUGCGUGAAGCAGUUGCUUCAGCGCAUAGGUGUGAGCUCUGUGGCGUCCACUCUUGCUCUAGCCGAGCAGCAUCAGUGCCGCCGGUUGAAGGAGGCCUGCUUCAAGUUUAUCCAAGUCCAAUCUCCCCCGUCUUUGCAGACACUAAUGGCGACUAGUGGCUGGGGCCAUAUUGUCAUGAACUAUCCCUCUGUUUUGAAUGAGCUCAUUGCCAUGCUUGCUUCAAACCAGAGGAAGUAACAACACUCUGG